AAAAUUCAUCUUGCAAAUCUAUAAACCAAAUAAAUUUUAUAAUUUUUAAUGUAAAAAUGAUUAUGUUCAUAUAAAGUAGACUCGAAAAGUAUCAAUCGAAUCUUAGUUGCUUAUCCAUAAAAAAGAUAAAAAUCACGCCAAAUAACAAAAUAUUUGUUAAAAUCCUAGUUAUCGUUUGCGGGGCUUGAUGAUGUUUUAAAUGAGAAUCUAUCUAAUCACUAAGAGUAUUUUAGGUGAACAAAUGAUUUAUAUUUAAAUAUUAUUUGUAUUAUAUUUGAUAUUAUUUAUAAAGUUUUCAUAAACUAAAACAAUAUACAAAAAAAACAAGUAAAAAACAAUUAAAAGCGAAAUAUUUUACCAUUUUUUUAAGAUGAGUGAGGCAAUAGGAAUUAUGGAUCCAGCAUACUUUGUCAACAAAAAUGACAUCCUUAAAUGGAUUAAUAACACACUUAAGCUUAACAUAGAAAAAAUUGACCAUUUAGGUACAGGAGCAGUUUAUUGCUAAUUUUUGGAUAUGAUUUAUCCUGGAUAAGUUUGCAUGGGUAAAGUUAAUUGGAAAGCCAAAUUAGAAUACGAAUAUCUUAGCAACUUUAAGAUUGUUACUAACUGUUUGGAGAAAAAUGAUGUUAAAAAGCACAUUGAUGUAAAUAAGUUAGUAAAAUGUAAAUAUCAAGACAAUUUGGAAUUCGCUUAAUGGUUUAAAAAGUUCUUUGAUACAAAGUGUGGUGAUAGAAAUGCUGAUUACGAUCCUGAAGCAAGAAGAGCCGUAAAAAUCAGUUCUGUUGUUGAAGUUCCUAAAGUUGCUAGAAAGGAAGAAUAGACUAAGUAAAAGACAAUAGCAGCAUCAUAACCUUCAACUUAAGCUGCAAAUAGUACAGUAAAAAAAGCUACUCCUUCUAAACCUGCAACUUCUGCUUUGGCUAACAACAAUAAGAGAACUUUAGGUCAAAUGUACAAUGGCAACUCAAAUGGUAAGCCAGCUCUUCACUCAAAUACUAAAACUAAUACUAAUACUACUGCAGCUCAUAAUCCUUCUAGUAAAGUAACAAAUCCUGCUAAAACAGAGAGCAAAGAAUACAGUUCUUUAAUUAAUAGCAUAAAGGAAAUUUUAACUAAGGGAGAAUCUGACUAAGAAAUUGUUAAUAAAAUUAGAACUCUUGUUAAAGUAGAUGUAGCUUAAAAAGAAAAUACUGCUAUUAAACCAGAAGAAAAAGAAAAUACUGAUAUUAAGCCAGAAGAAAAAGCUGAAUUGCAAAAUAGCUCUUAAAUUAAGUAAAUAAGUGACUAAUCAAUAUUCAAGGAUACCACAAACACUUCUUUUAUCGAAUAGGAAAAUUGAAUAACCUAAAUAAAUAAAUAAACAUAUAUAAUAUCUUGAUAACAAGCAAAAGAUUAGCAAAGCCUUUCAAAAUAUAUAGUAAAAUAGAAUAUAUAAUAGUAGAUUUAAUUCACUGAACAAAAUAUUAUUAACCAAUUAAUUAAUUAAACAAAUACUAAUCAUUUGAGUAAAUAAAUGAAUUUAAAUCUAUAUAUAGCAUUAAGAAAGGAAUUGAGUAAGUAAAUCAAGAUGAAGUCAAUAUAAAAAAUACUAAUAGCUUAUUUAUAGAGGAUUGUACCAUCUCACUUUAAUUAAUUUAUAACAUAAAUUUAAUAUGCAUACCAAUCAAAUUAUAAAUGAUUAAAUUACAUUUUAUUUUAUAUUUAUGUUUUGGAGUUUGACAAAUUUUUGAUGUAGCUUGAUUUUUUUUCCUUUCAUAAUUUUUAUUGAUUUUCUAUCAUCUUAAUUUUUUUUAUAUUUUUAUAAGAUAUUUAUUUUUUAU